AUGAGUUUAGGGCCGGACUCAUCACCUCUCUUCACCAAUCACCAUUCGGCCCAGGCCCAUUAAGUAACCCGGCCCAGCCCCCAAAUUCUCUUCCUCUUAUCUAUUCUAUAUAUAAACCCUAUAAACCUCACCAAAAAAAAUCGUUUUCUUGGCUAUUAGGUUUUCGUCUCUCAGCUACAUACAGUUGAAUUGUCAAUGGAUUCUCAACCAGUUGAACCAGUCAGCUACAUCUGUGGAGAUUGUGGACAGGAGAAUACGCUAAAGCCAGGAGAUGUGAUACAGUGUCGUGAAUGUGGAUACCGUAUUCUCUACAAGAAGCGCACUCGCAGAAUCGUGCAGUAUGAAGCUCGGUGAUGCUUGAAGCCAUUUGGAAAAACAGCAUGUGCUUGCUCGUAUGGAAGUAGAUGUUAAAAAACGUAAUAGCUACUGUUAAAAAUCACGCGUCUCAGCGUGGCUAUUGUGUGUUUUUACCUUUUUACGUCUGAUUGCAUCGUGGGUGCAUGUUGUUAGUCUAAUUUGGCAAAUUCAACACAAACUCAGCGUGGUUGAAUAUUGUAGAAAUGGUUUAAAAGACAAUGUCUUGUUGUGGUCUCUUGUGGAAAAUCUGUUAAGAUCUUCA